AGGACUGUGUUGUUCUGUCUCUGACGUGUUUGCAAAAACUGGAUUCGCCCGCCAAUGAAGUUGAGCCAGACCAGGUCGUUGUCUCUCAUGGCAACGUGGGUGGUUGGAGUGAUCCUCCUGGCUGGGUUUGUGGCACUCGGUGCCAUGGCCGCUCCUGACAUUCCGCAGUGUACGGCAGAGGUGGAUCUUCCAUACACGAUGGUGGCCAUGGAAAACAAGCUUCCAGAUGAGACUAUUGUUGCUGAUGUUGAUGGAGACGGGUGGUCGGAUGUGGUGUAUGUGGGUAUGGAUGGUGGGUCUGGCGAGCUUGUUGGGUAUGUUGCUUGGCAUCGGUUCAACAACGAGUCUGGCGCCUUUGACUCGCAGCGGCUAGCGUUUACGCAUGCGGGAAGCAUAGUGAAGGAUGUGGCCGCUGCCGAUUGCGACGGUGAUGGCGACAAGGACCUUGUCGUGGUUGUUGAGGAUGGCAAAUCUAUCGCGUGGCUCGAGAACAUCGACGGGCGUGGUGCGUUUGCUGCCCCGCGCUCUGCUGCUUCUGGUGUCACCGUUGGCACGCAUCUUGCUGCAGCUGACGUAGAUGGCGACGGGGAUGUGGACGUGGUUGUGGCUACCGGCGACGCGCUGUAUGCGAUGGUCAACACUGAUGGCGCGGGCAAGUUUGGCCCGCUCACGGCGAUCUCGUCGAGCCUGUCUUCGAUCACUGCCUUGGUUGUGGCUGACCUCGACAACGACGGGGACGCCGACCUGGCGACUGCAUCUGACGGUGACAACACGAUUGCCUGGCACCGCAACAGCGGCACAGGAAGCUACGCGAAAGUGGUGGUGUCAUCUGCGGCAGCCGCAGCAAAAGCUGUGGUCGCGGUCGACAUCAACGGUGACACUCACGUUGACCUUGCGUCGGCGUCGCAGAACGACAACAAGAUUGCAUGGUAUGCAAACUCGGGCGCGGGCUUGUUUGGAGGCGAGCAGAUAGUGUCUACCGGCAUCCAGCUUGCGACCAAGCUCGCUGCGACUGACGUGGACGGUGACGGACUGCCCGACCUCGUCGCCGCAGCAUCACAGGCCCUGACUCGGCGAGUUGUUUGGUUCCGCAACACGGGUGCUGGCUUUGCCGGAGAAACACCUCUAGAGCCCGGGCUCGAGCCGCAAGCGAUGGUUGCCUUUGACUGCGAUGGCGACGGUGAUGGCGAUGUCGUGACUGUUAAGGCGUCUCCAGGCGAGUUAACCGUCCAUUUGAACGACGACGGCGCCGGCAGCGCAUGGACUAACCGGGUUCUCACGAUGUGGAGCCAGCGCAAACAGGCUAUUGUGGUGGCAGACCUGGACGCCGACGGCGACCUUGACCUCGCAGUCGCAUCGGAUGCAGGAACUGCGCUCCUAUGGCAUGAGAACACUGGCACUGGCGCAUUUUCCGAGGCGCGGCUGAUCUCUACCAGCUCUGCACUUGCCGCCUCUCUCGCGGUGGCAGACUUUGACGGUGACGGAGGGGCAGACGUGGCGGUGGCAUUCAAGGCGGAUAUGAAGGUGGCAUGGCACCGCAACAUGGAUGGCCGCGGUAACUUUUCGACCGAAUUGGUUGUGCAAUCAGGGCUAGUCCAGCCUGUGUGGAUAGCUGCCGGUGACAUUGAUGGCGACACGGACGUCGACCUGGUCAUGGCGUCCACCGCGGCAACUGUGGUGUGGUUCAACAACACUGACGGCAAUGGGGCUUGGUCAGCCGCAAACGUCAUUGCUUCCGCGACGGUUAGCAACGCGGUGUACCUUGGCGACAUGGACGGCAAUGGCGCUGCCGACGUAGUAGUGGCUGGCUUGCCGCUGUUCUGGAUGCCUGGACUGGGUAGCGGUGGGUUCAGCGCUAUGCGCGAGCUCGACAGUGACACCGAGACAUCGGGCGCCGCGUUGGGCGAUGUUGACAGCGAUGGCGAUGUGGACGUAGUGGCCAUGCCGGUUAGCGGCAUCUGGAUUGCGGUGUACGAGAAUCUUGGGGCCGGUUUGUUUGGGUCGCGGCUUGUAAUUGCGUCGGCGAACUCGCCAGUCGCGGUCGUGCUCGGCGACAUCAACGAUGAUGGCUACAUCGACGUGAUGACGACGCGAGUGGAUGACGUCGUCGUUCACUUUGGCAGCAGCAGCGGUCUGCAGCAUUUCACCUCACCGCAGACGCUUGGCUCAGCACAGGAUGGGCCCGGCGCGCUGGUUGUAGGCGACCUGAGUGGCGACGGCAGGCUCGAUGUCGUGGUUGGCUCACGAAACGACAUGCGCAUUGUGGUUUACCGCAAUAUGGAAACUAGACGCAAGCCCAUCAUGGGGCCUGGGUAUACCUCUGGUGCCGAUGUGCUGGUGGCGGCAGACUUUGACAACGACGGUGACCUCGACGUGGCCGAAGGCGGCUAUAACAUGCCAUUGGUGUGGCGCCCGAACAUUGACGGCUUGGCAAGCUUUGGACAAGGGCGGCAAGUCGAAGGCACAAGCAAUGUAGAGGUGCUGGCGGUUGGCGACGUCAAUCAAGAUGGCAGUGCCGACAUUGUGGCAGGGUUUGCCUUCCCGACGCGCCAAGUUGGCUGGUACGAUAACGUCGAUGGGCUCGGCGGGUUCAGCAGCAUCAACGUGGUGACUGGGGCGGGUGCUGUGGGGCACGAUCCUGUUUCACUCGUGAUUGGCGAUGUCAACGCCGACGGCUACGUCGACGUUGUACUGACGACUGCGGGCGGAGGGCAAGUAGUUUGGCUGGCCAACUCCGGAGCGGCUGGCGGACUCUGGCCGAUGCAGGUGGUGAUGGCAUCAGCGCCGCUAGUAGGGGACGCCGUGGUGAGUGACUUUGACGGCGACGGUAUCGUUGACGUUGCGGCAGCGGUCCGCGGAACAGGACUCGUCGAGUGGUUUGUCAACAACGGGACCGGGCUGUUGAGCGGCAGACCACCUGCCGCGACCAUGGACCAGGUUCAGUUUCUGCACGCGGACGAUGUGGAUGGCGACAACGAUGUGGAUCUGGUCUGCAGCUCGUUGAGCGCAGUGGCCUGGCUCGAGAACAGCGACGGAGCCGGAAGCUUUGUCACCCACGUUGUCAGCGCGCCUCUUUCUCCCAUCAGCGACAUGGCCGUGGGCGAUGUCGACGGCGACGGUCGGAUUGAUAUUGUUACCGGAGACGACACAGGCCUGGUUUUCUACAUGGGCUCACCGGUGCCGGACGUUUUUGUGGCCAACGUUCAGAGGUACGACACUUCUUUUGUAAGCCUUCUGGCGGCUGAUGUCGACGGCGACCUCGCGAAGGAAGUCAUGGCUACCGGUGUGUCCGGGGGCGUCUCUGCGCUUCGUCUGGCGUCACGGACAGCACUGGUCAAGUUCAGGCCGCGGACGCUAAGCGGAAGCGAUGGCACAAGUACGUGCGCAACAGCGCCGUUCUCACUGUCGUGUUUGUCUGCACGAGUGAGGGGUGCUUCCAAGUGCGUGACUGACACAAUUGUUCUUGCACCUGGACGCUACUCGUGCAGCUCGACCGGCCAUGCGAUGCUCACGAGGAGUGUGUUGAUCAGCGGACCCGCGCAAGGCGAUGUCCACUUUGAGUGCGAGGGCGGGGUCUUGUUUGAUGUGGCGCCACCCGGCGCCUUGGAGCUUGCCAACAUGACUAUUUCUGGCCUCGGGACAGUCAACUCGCUGGCCACCGGCGCGCCGGGUCUCCGAGUUGUUGGAGCCGGGGCGCGACUGGUGCUGCGGGAGGUUGAGAUCCGAGACGCAGAGUCACGCCGGGAGCUGACCUCGGUUGCCACCUAUGCUGGGCUCGGCGGAGCACUGCUUGUCCUCGACGGCGGAGUAGUCGAGGGCCACAACGUGACGAUGGCAAGGUGCUCGGCAUUCGACGCUGGUGGCGCGGUGUACGCGUCUGGGGCCGGCAGCCGGAUCAGCCUUGUUGCCUCCCGCAUCGUGAACUCGUUUGCGGGGUGGAGGGCGGCGGGAUGGCACUCGCCAACGGAGCAAGGCUGGAGCUGGAGCGAUGUGAGCUGAGCGGCAACUCGGCAUCGCUGGGCUCUGGCGGCGGGUUGGCAAUUGGAAGUGGAGCGACGGUCAAUGUGGUGGCAACUACGAUUGCAAACAAUGUCGCCAGCCGCGGACUCGGUGGCGGCAUGCUGUUGCGGGGCGGCGGAAAUGGCAGUGAGCUGAUGAGGUGCGAGCUGAUAGGCAACAGGGCCCGUGUUGGCGGCGGCCUUGCGAUCAUCGAAAACGGGCUUGACGGGCAUGUUCUGGUUGACGCAGUGCAGGACGCGACGCCCGCGCCUCCUGUGUCGAGCGGGAAGAUUGAGCUCGUGAUGCACGACACGACGCUUGCGGAGAACGAGGGGUCGGUGGCGGGUGGUGGGCUGGCGGUGUGCGGGGCGUUGUUGUCGAUCCGCGGAAGCGCAAGCACAUGGUCGCGCAACUCGCUGGCAUACCCGUCAGCAGAAAAGUCAUCGGCAGACGGGUUCUUGUGCACACCAGCCGGGGCGAGCCUCCCGCUGUCAUCGACGCCGUGGCUGGUGGAGGACGGGCCUGGAAUGACGGACCGUGGGCGAGUCAACGGGCCGCCAAUGGCGCUUGAGUGGGCAGAGGCGCCAGGAGCGCUGACUCAGCUUGGCGACGUCGUAUCAGGCUCGUUUGUGGUGCGGGAUGUGCUCGGCAAAGUGGUUUCGUACGCCAACGUGGUCGUGGAGGUGGAGUUGUCGGGCGCCGGACUUGUGAUGUCGUCGGCAACAAGCGAUGUUGCGACGGGCGGAGGGGUGACUGCCGUGUCGACGACACCGCUGCGGCUUGCGGCCGGCGCAUCUCUGGGGAGUGUUGGAGUCGAAGUGCGGCUUGCUGGGCGCGGCGAGUCGUUGGACGGUACACCGCUCUCUGUGGCGCCACUGAGUGGCGCGAGUGAUGUUGCAGCAUGUGGGGUGGGAUUUGGAUUCCGCGAGGUGAUGGUGGUGAUCGACGGCGACACUGUGGAUGCAGGCGAGUGCGGGCGAUGCGGGCCCGGCACGUAUUCGGAGGUGACGUCUUUGGAGGCGUGCCGAGUCGAGCGCGAGUGCAAUGAGUUUUCGCUAGAUGUCCGUGGCAAGUUCAACGCGAGCUCUGCGGUAUGCGUGUGCCAGGCCGGAUACACGUUGGCGGGUCGGGACGAUGACGAGUAUGCCGUGUGCGUGGCUUGCCCGACUGGUGCGAUCUGCGCGAUGGGAACUGGGGAACCAGUGCCCGCACCCGGCUACUUUGCCGAAGACACCGAAGGUGGAGUUGUGUUUCUGCGGUGCAAGCGGCAGUCUGGAUGUGCUGGCGGCUCGCUGUCGACGCAGUGUGCGCGCGGUUACAGUGGAUAUCUUUGUAGCAACUGCGAGGCCGGGUACUUUUCCAACUCGCGAUCCGAGUGCGUCGAGUGUCCGAGUGCGUCUGGCGCGGUGCUUGCGGCGACUCUUGUCUCGCUUGUGCUUGGCUCUCUGCUGGCGGCGAUGGCGAUUGGCGCGGGUGUGGCGCGAGCGCAAGCGGCGAAGAGGUCUGCCGAUGGAGGAGUGGUGGCACUCCGCAGUAGCGUGCUACCGGCAAGCACGUCGAUGGUGGUGGUGACGUGCCAGGUGCUGGGUAUGUUUGCCGAGGCGCAGUUUGAGUGGAGUGCGUCGUCGCGGGCGGCGCUGGGCGUGUUCCGUGCGGCCAACAUUGAUGUCAACUUGUUUGCGUCCGAGUGCUCGCUCUCGUCGUUCCACGCCAAGUAUGUGAUGAGUGUGGCAGUUCCACUGGUGGUCGUGUUUGGCGCGGUGUGCGGGCUGGUGGCGUUCAAGUGGGUAGGCCCGGUUAUGCCGCUGCCGUUUGGACUCGGCGAGCUGCGGACGAUGCCGGUUGCCACGCUAGUUGACGCCGGGCUGUUUACGAUGGCGCCGCUGUUGUACAUUCCGGUGGCGCGAGCGGUGCUUGUGCUGUUUGACUGCACAUCAAUGCCGAAUGGGCGGUAUGUGAUCGAUGUGGAUCCAAGCGUGGCGUGCUUUGACGGGCGGUGGUUCGGAGUGUUGUCGGUAGGCGUGUUGGCACUGGUCGGGUAUGUGAUUGGAGUACCGGGGUACUUUUUGUGGUGCCUCAUGCGGUGCUCGUCGAAUCUACUGGAGCCGAGCACGUUUGCGCGGUACGGCGGCCUGUACAAGCUCUUCCGAGUGGCGUACUACUGGGGCGGAGUGGCGGAGCUGGGCAAGCGGCUUGUGAUUGUGGGCAUUUCCGUGUUUGCAUCCGACCAGCAGCUGCUGCAGAUUGGGCUGCUCCUUGUGGUUCUCCUGAGCUCUUCGUAUGCAGUGCAGUCGCUGCAGCCAUACUACCUCCCACUGUACAACGCGAUCGAUUUUCGGUUGACUGUGGUGCUGGUGGCGAUGCUCGUGCUCGGCACGUUUUCGUACGCUGAGCGCGGGGGUGGCGGCAGCGCGGAGACUGCGAUCUCUGUGUUUGUGGUGGCCGGACUGGUGGUCUUUGCAGCAGUUGCCGUCCACGCCAUUGUGGCCGACAUCCUGCACAUUAUGGCGUGUCGGCGCGAUCGGCAGCACCCGUCGAGCCGACGGGCGGCGCGGAUGGCGGCCAUGCUCGAGCGCGAGACGGCGGACAUGGAUCGCACCGGCGUUGACGCCGAGCGCGUCAUUGCACUCGAAGCCGCAAUGGGCGCGCUCCAGCACAGCGGGUCGCGAGGCGGCAAGGGAGACGAAAUCGAGAUGGAUCCGCUUGUGGCAACAGCAGUGUGACGGCCUGGCGCGGCGGUAAAUGGGGGGCAACGAC